UCGUUCUUUUGGGACGAGAAGGGCGUGGCUUGCAUUUGGCCAUAGAAGUUUAAGCUAUAAUGCAAAUCGUCUCGUUCUCUAUUUCAGAUUUUUUUGGUCAAGCUGAAAUUGGUCGUUUUUAAUACACUUUUUUGUGUAAAUAGAAUUUUUUAACUUCAGCUGGGCUUAUAAAAGCUUUGUGUCGCAAUUGGCAAGUGGCUCUGGUUUUUUUUGUGCCAACAGAGAGCGCACUAAUGUCUCGCCCACCUGAAGUCAAUUUGCAGGGAUUUCCUCCUACUUCUUUCCCACAAAUACCUCAGCCCAUUUCGUCUGCUCAAACUCAUCGGACCCUUCCCAUCCAGCACCAAUCUGUAGAAAAAGACAUAUAUCAAGGUAUAUCGGACAAGUUUCAUACUCUAUCAAUUGAUCCAUCUGCGCCAUCGCCUCAACUACAGGGCUAUCCAUAUCCGCAACAGCCGGAGUUGUUUCAGCCAGAAUUGACACAAAAUGCCUUGCUUCAAAAACCUUACCCGUCGUUGCCUGCUAACAGCCAAAUGCAGCCUCAGAAUGUAGAGCCCACAUUCGAUAGUCGUACGGCUUUGCAACCAUCUUUCAAUCAGAGUCAAUACCCUCAGCAAACCACCUUAGCUGUACCAAAUCCUUCUGUGGGCAAUGGCUACAUACAGCAGAACUCGAAUUGGAGAGCUCAGGGCGAGCAGAUUCAGCCCGCUAAUGUGAAUGCGCACCUCCUUAAACCUAAUUAUGGUUUUCAACAGGUCCCUGUCAAUCAGCCGUUUUCGUCCCCUCAGCAGCAACGACUCGGCACUGAAACGGCUUCUGCUGCCCCCAAUUUAGACUCUCUUAAACUUCCUAGUCCGAUCACUUCAAGCCAUUGCCAGUCUAUCAAGGUCGUCUAUGAUACCACAAGUCUCGCUAAUCCCCCCCCAGCUCACUCCAAAUACAUCGUGGAAGAGAAAUACGGGGGAACUUGUUCUCCGCGCUACAUUCGCUCGACUGUCCACAAAUUUCCAAUUUCCAAAGAUUUGCUUGCACAGGGCAAACUUCCGUUUGCAGUCAUCAUACAGCCAUUCUCCGAGCCCAGGUAUGGCGAAGAAGACGUUCCGGUCGUUUCCAUGGGCGAAAAAGGACCCAUUCGGUGUCGGCGCUGCUCAGCCUACAUUAAUCCGUUUGUCACUUGGCUGGAUAACGGCCGUUUUUAUAACUGUUCACUAUGUGGUACACAAAAUUCGAUUCCGGAUGAAUAUUUCAGUCCUAUUGAAUCUAACGGUCUGCGACAAGAUAUAGCCGAUCGGAUCGAACUAUGCCGUCCCAGUGUGGAUUUUAUUGCGUCCCCCGAUUUUGUUGUGAAUCGCCCUCUGUCUUCGAUUCGUUCCCCCAUCAUUUUUUUUUUGCUCGACACCAGCAGCUACUCUUUUCAACUUGGCCUACCGAGAGCAUUCGCCAACUCGCUGGAACAAAUUUUAGAAUAUCACUUUGCCGAAAACGCCGACACGAAAUUUGGAUUUAUCACUUUUGACAAAUGCAUUCAUUUUUGGCAAUUUCACCCUCGACUUCAAAAAGUGGUCGUUCCCAAUAUCCAGCAGGCCUUCGAACCCAAGCCCUUGUCGUCUAUCACAGCGGACUACGCUACGUGCAAGGACAAGAUCGUUACCUGGCUAAGAGAGGUCGUCAAGACCAACAAAGAGGGCAACAGCGAGAGUUGUUUCGGCGCUGCGGUGAGCAUGGCAUUGCUGAAUCUGCGCAAACUGGGCGGUCGAGUCAUUGCCUUUCAGGCAAGCCUUCCUUCUCACGGCCCCGGCUCAUUGAAACAGCGUGACAAACUGUCUGCGUAUGGACAGGACGAGGAAAAACACCUUUACGUGCCCCAGUCUAAGUUCUACACCAAGGUCGCCAAUGAAUACGCGAAGUCUUUUGUGGCAUUCGACCUCUUUGUGUGUUCUAACGUUUAUGUUGAUUUGUGCGAUAUUUCUCAACUCUGUCAGCUGACGGGAGGAGAGGUUCAUUAUAUUAGCAACUUCAAUCCUCAGUACCACGAAGAGAAGAUUUUCUACGAUUUGCGACAUUCCUUGAUACGAAAGCAUGGCUUGGAUGCCAUUUGCAAAUUACGGUGCGGCGAGUCGCUGUCGGUCGACCGCUACGAAGGAAAUUUCAAACCAGGAGACACAGACAUUGAAUUUUGUACCAUCGACUGCGACAAAGUUUUUAUCGUCUAUUUAAAACAUGACGACGUGUUGCAGGAAAACAAAAACUCGGUUAUUCAAUUCGCCAUGGUGUACACGUCAGAAGCAGGGGUUCGAUUGAUUCGCGUGCACACUGCCUAUUUUGCGGUUGCCAGCACGCUUCCAGCUUUAUACCGAAGUGCCAGCAUUGAGGCAGUUCUGAGUGUACUUCUACGACGUGGAACCUCAAAGUUCGGAAGGCAGUCCCUGACACAAAUUCAAAAAUAUCUGACCGAACACGUUGCCAACAUCCUUUGCGUCUAUCGUAAAAACUGCGUCAAGCGCGACUGCUUAACUACUCAGUUGAUUCUUCCAGAGGCACUUAAACUUUUGCCAAUUUACAUCUUAAGUGCCCUAAAGCACGUUCUUUUCGCCAACCCGAUAUUCCCAACUCAGGAGGGUAUUGUGUCAAUCAUCGAUUCCCGCAUUUAUUUUGCUCAGCAGAUCAAAACCGCUGCUCUCGAAUUGCUAGAAGUCCUGUUUUACCCGCGCAUCUAUCCGUUACAUCCCCUCUACGAUUACCUCCAACUUGGAACAGCCAAGAACGAAUAUGGCGAUUUUAACUCAGAAUCCGAGGAAGACGUGACCCUGUACGGGCUGGAUGACUUCUACGGGAGCUACUGGCUGCCUCACAUGGUAAGAGCUACUGCUGGUCAGCUAGAGGCCGGAUGUGUCUAUUUGGUGGACGAUAGUCAAAAGAUUUGUCUCUUAUUCACUUCUCCGAUCAAUGGAGCCAUAUUCAACUGUCUUGUGGACAAUCAGUGGCAGUUCAAGUACAACGAGGAUGAUAAGUUCAACCUCAGAGUACAGAGGAUGAUUUGCGCCAUUCGUUUCUGUCGGGCUUCUUAUCAGCCCAUUUAUGUAUUCGACCUGAAUGGCGACACGAUUCAAAAGAAGCAGCUCAUAUCCAAGUUAGUGGAGGAUGGGACCAACGACAACCUCAGGAAAGGACAAACGCCAUCUUUUUCUAGGAUGAGCUAUGUAAGUUAUUUGUGUUACGUUCACAGACUAAUACAAGAUGCUGAAUAAAAAGUGGAGUGAAAACAUUUUGUUUUAAGGCGUGCGUCGACAAGCCGGCGGUUUAAUGAUCUCAAGCGCACUGGCCUUUUUCUGUUAAAUCGACGACGUUCGUACGUUAUAGGAUUGC